CAUCCCUUCGCGCCCGUCCGCUGCACAAGUCGCAACGAACGAUUUUUCUCGCGUCUUCGCUGUACGAUUCGAAAACAAAAAAAAAAAAAAAAUCCCUAAAAGCCAAAAAUUUUUUCCCAUUUUUCCCGAACGCGUUAGAAAAAAAAAAUAAAAAAAAAUACCGAGAAAAAUUUUCAUUUAUUUUCCACCGUUUUUUGAAAUUUCAUCGUAAUAUUCACGUCCCUUGCACGUUUCUUACUUAUUUCACCGUUGUCUUCGUCCUGGCCCCUAACCCCGUGUAGAGCAGUGACACCGCAUAAGACUGUCCGUCGCCACACGUCACCAGAGACUGGGGAAAGCUGUGCUUCCACUGUCUUCGCCGUUCACACGAAGUAUAUUUUGCUCCAAACAACGCUUGCAAUAUAACGGGUCCAUAAAUAUCAGGCUCUGCUCAAUAACAACGGUAGUCAAAACUCGUUCAAGUGAACUUAAUGAAUGCUUAAGAACUGUCUAGUCGACCGAAUCAAUUGCAUUUGAACACGGACCAACAAUAACACACCGGACGUUGGUUUUUCGACCCAUACUCCUCGGAGCAGAUCGCGCAAAGUCGAACGCCGUCGUCGCCGCGGCCGACGCGCCAACACCGCCGCGGUACUCGACGUCGCUGUCACCCGCACACUCGCCGCCAAGCACCUCCUCGCGCCCGACGGUAUUGCGAUACCUCCGCGGUCACCGGACCCGCGAUAUACGACGUGUAGACCGCGAACGAUGACGGCGACCGCCACGACCACAACCGCCACCGCCGCCACCGCCGCCGCCAGCAUCCGGUCGUAGAGGAGCCGUCACGGUAUCGGCAGCGGAAGUGGUGCGGCGAACCGGAAGCGGGACAGUAGUGGUAACGCGAGGCGCUGGCGCGGGGCGCGGGCGGACCGAUGGACGAGGAAAACUACACGGCAAUAGUGCCCACGUACCUGUCCGGCCUGUUCGACUUCAACGGCACGGCGGACGGCGGCGGCGUCGUCGGCAACGACACGGACAGCGCCGGCUACCUGAACGUGACCACCGAGAUGCCCGUCCGGUACGCCCGGCCCAUGUACGGGUUCGUCAUGCCGUUCCUGUUGCUGGUCACCAUCGUGGCCAACACGCUGAUCGUGGUCGUGCUGUCCAAGCGGCACAUGCGCACGCCCACCAACGUGGUGCUCAUGUCCAUGGCCCUGUCCGACAUGUUCACGCUGCUGUUCCCGGCCCCGUGGCUGUUCUACAUGUACACGCUGGGCAACCACUACAAACCGCUGUCGCCGGUCGAGUCGUGCUACGCGUGGUACGCCAUGAACGAGGUCAUACCCACGCUGUUCCACACCGCGUCCAUCUGGCUCACGCUCGCCCUGGCCGUCCAGAGGUACAUAUACGUGUGUCAUGCACCAGUGGCGAGGACAUGGUGUACCAUGCCGCGAGUCCUUAAGUGCGUUGCCUGGAUAUCAGUAAUGGCCUCAUUACAUCAAUCGACCAGAUUUGUUGACAGAACAUACGAACCAAUCAAAAUAUCAUGGAGAGGACAAGACUCGGUUGUCGUGUGUAGAAUGAAGCACGCAUAUUGGGUUGAACAUUGGGUCACACUAGACGUAUACUUCACACUGUACUAUGCGUUCCGUGUAAUCUUCGUACACACUGGCCCAUGCAUAUCUCUCGUCGUGUUAAAUCUUUUACUGUUCAGAGCUAUGAGAGAUGCGCAAUUAAAAAGAGACAAAUUAUUCAAAGAGAACAGAAAGAACGAAUGCAAACGUCUAAGAGAUUCUAAUUGCACAACAUUGAUGCUCAUUGUCGUUGUGACGGUUUUCCUAAUGACUGAAAUUCCAUUGGCUGUAGUAACGGUGCUGCACAUAAUAUCAAGCAGUAUCAAAGAAAUACUCGACUAUUCGGUGGCCAACCUGUUGGUGUUGUUCACCAAUUUCUUCAUAAUCGUCAGCUAUCCGAUCAACUUCGCCAUUUAUUGCGGCAUGUCCAGGCAGUUCCGGGAAACGUUCAAAGAGCUGUUCAUCAGAGGCUCGGUGCAAAUAAACCGUAAACACGGGGUCGGCGGCAGCUCCCGCUACUCAUUGGUCAACGGACCCAGGACAUGUACCAACGAAUCGCUUUUAUAAAUUUAUUACGAACGCUUAUAAUAUAAUCUGUUAUUGUGUGCAUGCGCACAAUUUACUUUCAAAACCACUCGUCGGACAAUUAAUUGAUAUUGAUAACAAUAACCAGCCAACAUAAGUAUCCAUUAAAAAACCAAAAACCAAAUACCCACUUACGGCUGUACAUAUACCUAUUAUACCAUUAAUGUGAAAGAAAAUGGGGAGAAGGUAAAAGUAAUAAUUGAUACGCACAGUCCAGCACAGUUCAUAUUAUUACGUAGGUAGGCAGCAUAAUAAUAAAAUUGUUCAAAACCAAAUGAUUAAUACGCACAAACCUUGUUACCAAAAUGUACGUUCUGAAAAGUCCCAUUUAAAGCAGUAUAGAAUAUAGAAAUUAAAUGUUGAAAUCGUUAAAAUGACCAAUGGAUUAUAAUGUGCAUACAUUUUUUUUCUAUCUUUGUAAUUGUGUAUUUUAUUUCGUAUAAGAGUCUUGUCUUAAACCCGGUAAAUCGCUUCAAAAAUUCACCUACAAAAAUAAUAAAUGAAUUUUAAAUUUGAAUCAAUUCAUUGACAUUUAA